GCAUGCGCGCUGCGGCGCGGCGGGCCGGGCGCGAGAGAGGGGCCGCUCGCGCCGCCGCAGGGCGGAGCUGCCCGCGCGCCCCGGCGAACAUGGCCGGCACGUAGGGGGUGCGCGGCGCUGUGGCACAGCCUGCCCCGGCGGCUCCCGCACCCCCCCGCAUUCCCCCCGCCUUUAUUCCCCCCGCCUUUAUUCCCCCCCCCCCCCGGGCACUGCGGCGGGGACGUGCUGCGCGGAGAGGGGCCGCGGAGACGCUCCGCCGCCGGCAGAGCCGCGGCCAUGGACGAGCAGAGCGUGGAGAGCAUUGCUGAAGUAUUCCGAUGUUUUAUUUGUAUGGAGAAAUUGCGUGAUGCACGUCUGUGUCCCCAUUGCUCCAAGCUAUGUUGUUUCAGUUGUAUUCGGCGUUGGCUGACUGAACAAAGAGCUCAGUGCCCUCACUGUAGAGCCCCGCUGCAGCUACGAGAGCUGGUGAACUGUCGUUGGGCAGAAGAGGUCACGCAACAACUUGAUACGCUUCAACUGUGCAAUCUCACCAAGCAUGAAGAAAAUGAAAAAGACAAGUGUGAAAACCAUCAUGAAAAGCUUAGUGUAUUCUGCUGGACUUGUAAGAAGUGUAUCUGCCACCAGUGUGCGCUUUGGGGAGGAAUGCACGGAGGACAUACUUUUAAGCCACUGGCAGAAAUCUAUGAGCAGCAUGUAACAAAAGUAAAUGAAGAAGUGGCAAAGCUCAGGAGAAGACUCAUGGAAUUGAUCAGUUUAGUACAAGAAGUGGAGAGGAAUGUGGAGGCAGUGCGCAGUGCAAAGGAUGAACGAGUUCGGGAGAUCAGAAAUGCAGUGGAGAUGAUGAUUGCCCGGUUAGACACUCAGCUGAAGAAUAAGCUUAUAACAUUAAUGGGUCAAAAGACAUCACUUACCCAAGAAACAGAACUUCUGGAAUCCCUGCUGCAGGAAGUAGAACAUCAGUUACGAUCAUGUAGUAAGAGUGAGUUGAUAUCCAAAAGCUCAGAGAUCCUGAUGAUGUUCCAGCAGGUUCAUCGGAAACCCAUGGCCUCAUUUGUCACUACUCCGGUUCCUCCAGACUUCACAAGUGAAUUGGUUCCAGCCUAUGACUCAACUACCUUUGUCUUGGAAAACUUUAGUACAUUGCGCCAGCGAGCAGAUCCUGUUUACAGUCCACCUCUUCAAGUGUCAGGACUUUGCUGGAGGUUAAAAGUUUAUCCAGAUGGAAAUGGAGUGGUACGGGGCUACUACCUGUCUGUGUUCUUGGAGCUGUCGGCUGGAUUGCCAGAGACAUCCAAGUAUGAGUAUCGUGUAGAAAUGGUUCACCAGUCCACCAAUGAUCCAGCUAAAAACAUAAUUCGAGAGUUUGCCUCUGAUUUUGAAGUUGGAGAAUGCUGGGGCUACAACAGAUUCUUUCGUCUAGACUUGCUAGCCAAUGAAGGCUAUUUAAACAGGCAAAAUGACACUGUGAUUCUAAGGUUUCAAGUGCGCUCACCAACCUUCUUCCAAAAGUGUCGCGAUCAACACUGGUACAUUGCUCAGUUGGAAGCAGCUCAGACAAGUUAUAUCCAACAAAUAAAUAACCUUAAAGAGAGGCUUGCAAUUGAACUUUCCCGGACGCAGAAAUCACGAGGCAUUUCACCUCCAGACACUCAUCUUAGUCCCCAGAAUGAUGAUGGUUCAGAAGCACGAUCGAAGAAAUCUGGACAAAGUGCUGAAGUACUACUUGAGAAUGUUGCCGCUCCAGGAGUGCGAGAUAGCAAGGAAGAUGAUGAGGAGAAAAUCCAGCAUGAAGACUUUAACCAUGAACUCUCCGAUGGUGACCUGGAUGUAGAUCUUGCUGGAGAAGAUGAAGUAAACCACCUUGAUGGUAGCAGCUCUUCAGCGAGUUCCACAGCAACUAGUAAUACUGAAGAAAAUGAUAUUGAUGAAGAAACUAUGUCUGGUGAAAACGAUGUAGAAUAUAGUAAUAACAUGGAGUUGGAAGAAGGAGAUCUCAUGGAGGAUGCUGCUGCUGCUGCUGCUGCUGCUACUCCUGGAGCUUCAGGUACUAGCCAUGGCUACGCCAAUGCAAGUGGAAGAUCUUCAAGGCGGGGAGGAAGCACCCUAGGCUCAGCAGCAAGUAGCAGCUUAUUAGAUAUAGAUCCCUUAAUUUUAAUCCACUUGUUGGAUUUAAAAGACAGAAAUGGUAUGGAAAACCUUUGGGGCCUUCAGCCACGUCCACCUGCCUCUCUUCUGCAGAACAGAGCAUCGUCCUAUUCUCUGAAAGAUCGAGAUCAGCGGAGACACCAGGCAAUGUGGCGUGUGCCCCCUGACUUGAAGAUGCUGAAGAGACUGAAAACUCAGAUGGCUGAAGUCCGAAGCAAAAUGUCUGAUGUAAAAAACCAACUGUCAGAAGUAAGAAGCAGCAAUGCCAGCACAUGUGAUGGACAACCCAGCUUCUUCUCUGUUGAGCAGGGUGCUUUAGCUGCCUGUGGAACGGAAAGCUGCAGCAAGUUACAAGAAAUAGGAAUGGAACUACUGACAAAAUCUUCAGUUACGAGUUGCUACAUAAGGAAUUCUGCAAGUAAGAAAAGUAAUUCACCCAAGCCUAUUCGGUCUGGAGCAGCAGGUAGCCUGUCUCUACGAAGAGCUAUGGACUGUGGGGAUGGUAAUCUUCGUUCAAAAGCCGAUGGUCAAACUUCUGAAGGUGGCAUAGGAAGUUCCAAGGCAAGCGGCAGACAUAACUCCCCCAGGCCCCUGACCGGCAGCAGUGCUUCCGAGGCGCUGCCAAAGCUCGAGGAAGGACCUUGUGAAGGUUCAGAUCCCGACGUGGGAGUUUCUGGCUUAAAUGGCUUAGCUGCUGUAGAGAAGACCAGAAAAGUUGGAGCUCUAGGAUCAAAUUCUAAAGGAAGUCGUACAGAAGGAAUGCAGUCAGCUGAUCUGGAGAACACCUCGGAAACGGGUGAACUGCAGGGCAUGCUUUCUGAAGCUGCUUCAGCUGGGGCCGAAGAAGCUGGGCUAUGUCAGAAGCAUGUCCUUCAUCUGCUACCGGGAAUGAGCAGUGAUAGUGACAUUGAAUGUGACACAGAAAACGAAGAGCAGGAGGAUGCCACCUCCACCUCAGAGGGAUUUAACCACGCCUUCUCUGUCCAGUCCUCAAGUGAAGCCUUAGAGCGGUGCUCAGUAUUUCCAGAGGGUGAUCAAGUAGGUCCCGAUGAUCUCAGCUUUGUUACUGGAGAAGACAGCACCAGCUCACUUUCUUUGGACCAGAUAGAGAACUGUCUCGGUGCCUGAAGACUGGCCGGCUUGUGUUCCUGGGAGGAGGCACGUUGUUCACUGGAGCUUAGUCCAAGACUGCUGUUCUUGGUUGUGCGCACACUCCAUUCUGUCAAGGACCAUUGUGCAGUAGUGCUACAGUCAUCUUUAACCUGUAACUAGGGCCAAGUGACCUUGGGAAGCCUUGCAGUAAAGGCCGCAUUCCUGCUGGCUCUGCCAGACAGAUGCACGUGCUCUGAAAAAAUGUCCAAAAGGUGCUGCAGCCCCCUUUCGGGAUGUUUGUCCUGUUACGUCAUGGGAAUAACGGAGAAUGUGUGAAUGUCCCCAUUUCUAAUGCUAUGAGCUGAUUGUACAAGACUGCUGAAUCCCACAGAUGCGAUGGUUUAAAAGUUGGGAUAAAGCAGUUGGCAUGAAAGUCAUUUUCCUCAGUCUGUAAUGUGGACCAACUGAACACAUUGCCAAACUUUUUGCCACUGUGCAUUGCAUUUUGAGCUGCUAAACUACUUGUUGAAGCUACGAUGAAAGCUGAAUAGCUGGUUAUUGAAAAAGCAUGAAUAACUGUAACUGAUAGUUGUCCUUGUCUCAGCUGGCUGUACUUAAGUUCAUUUUUGUAUGAAUGUUCCACAGUGUAAGUGCUGUACAACUCAUAGUUUAAAACUGUUUGCACUUUGUUAAUAAAAUGAAUGGUGAAAGCUGGUGUGAAA